AAGUUAUCGUAGUAAAUAAAAAUCGGCAGAAGCAGGGUCUCCGUCUUCUGGUUUCAUCGAUGAUGAAGAAAAAAGGAAUUAUAAUUUCAGUUACAACAGAUCUUCUAAGUGUCACCUGAGGCAUUCGUGCUAUUUUAUGGACUAUUUGUGUCUUGCGGGCGUUUGACUCCAUGGUAACUUCCUUUUGCCAAAUCAACUCUGAAGUCCGAUGCGUGAGGAGGCUUUUCUCUUUCUAAAUGAACUGCUCGUUAUAAUAUGGAACUGCUUGAGUAACACAGACAGACAUCUAUGGAGACUACAUACCACUUUCGGUGCAAUUAGAUCACCUGUGGUCUUAUUGAGCUGUAGUGCAAUCAGACUAAGUCCUGUACGUUCAAACCCGUGUGCGAUCCAGAUCACGGUUACACACCCUGCACCCGGAGACCCAACAGCUGUUUCUGCAACGUGAACUGCGACCUUUUGCCGCUGCGGAUGGACGCCCGUUUUUUGCAGAGUUCUGCCCCUCAACCGAGUGGGAAUAUUCUCCUUCCAGCACUACAACCUCAUCUGACAUGGAGACAACCAGAACCUUGUCUGUGAGAGCAGGACAAUCCACAAAUUCCUCAGAACUAAGAGUUCAGCAAGAUUCAGUGCUGGCAAAGUAUGUAGAUCGCUUUCGACAUGGUCGACCGCAGAGUCGCGAGGAACGCAAGCAGGGCCCUUCAGACGACGGAGAGAAGCAGCAGCCUUUUUGGUGGAUGUCACCCUCCUCUUCACCCUGCAGUUCAACACCCACUAAAGCAGCAGAAAAAGAUGGUAUCCAGCCUCUGAAGUAUGACCAUGGAUUUGCCAUUUUCAGUCCAGAUGGGCAGCAUCGACAUGACGGAUCCCUUUCCCCAUGCAGAAGGUCCAUUAGUGUGAGUGCACUUAUGUUGUCAGACACCUCUCAAGGGGAAUUUGAUGACACAGAGAUUCAACACCUGCAAGAAAAGGCUAGCAGACUCCUGCUGAAAGGGGAAUGCACUCCGAGUGAUGGAUCAAACCCUGUCAGCUCAGAGGACCUGGGAUGCUCAGACUUCUCUUCUCCAGUCAGCGUAUAUGAGCAAGUACGAAGACCUUUUAUUCCCAUUAAGACAAGAGUAUCAGAAAAGUUCAGCUCAGACGCAGUUCAGAACAUGUUCUGCCAAAAUUCCUCUGUCCUUCCUUUUGUGGUGCCGCCCACACGGCGGGAAGAGGACAUCUUGUUCCAGUGGCGUUUAAGGAGAAAGAUGGAGCAGGCCAGGGAGGGAUCGCAAUCCCUGCAACACGCCGGUCUUCAUGAUCCCACAUCCAACUGGCCGGCUCCCAGUUCAAGCCGUCUCUCUGCCAGAGGAGCGGCUUACAAGCAACAGCAGCCUCCAGAAUGCUCACAGCAAUCUUCACAGCCACAGAUCAUCGCGCCCCGGCCACAAACCGAAGAAGCCCCCAGAUCAUGUCCCAAAGCUUCAGAUCCAACUCCCUUCCCUGCCGCUGUUGCCUCUGGCUCUUCAGUCUCUCAACCACAGGCUGUUGUGCAAGUGCCUGCACACAUGCAUUUACUCUGUGACGUCGUGCCCUGUCCCGUCCGGUCAUCCCUUGCGAGCAUUCAUCGACACCUUUCUGAAGGAAUCGAUGGGUCGCAGACAAAGGACGUCUCUGAAAAGACCCAAAAGCCACCUGAGCAUUCGCCUCCUCUACCACCUGCAUCCUCUGGAGCUAUGGGAAGAGCUGAGCUGAUUCACCAGAGCAGGUCUGAGGGGGGAAAGAAAGAGGAAGACGAGACAAGAGUGUUGGAGACAAAGAAGGAGCCGUCUUUGAGAAAGAAGAAGAAAUCCACAAGAUGUACUGCGCAAAGGGAACACGUUGAUGGCCCCGCUCCUACAAACAGGAGAUUUUCAUAUAAAACCGUUCCCAAAAUAGUCGUGCCACGGCAACAGGAAGGAAGCGAGGGGUUCCAGAGCUCUGCUGGUGUUUGUGCACCACCCACGUCUCCGAUCCACAGCGCCCUCGGACAGGUAGUUUCGGAGGUAUUAUUUCCCACGGUGGAUCCAUCUCCUGGACAAAAGGACCCGGUCUUGUUGGGUUCUUCUCCUUGUGCUGCCUCUGAACCUCCACAAUCCUCAGUUCCUCCACGCACUGCACACAACUCUAUGGAGGUCAUUUCCCAGCUGCUGCGAGAAGCUGAAGAUUCAGAUGAAAAAGAGUUUGAAGAUGACCCUUUAUUACAAGUUCUUCGCAGGCAGAGGAAAUGGGUAAAGAAGCAGAUCAGUGAAGUAGACGCCGUGUUGAAUGAAUUCCUGGAAGAGUGACAAGUUACUUGGCCAGUGACAAGACGCCCUCGACGCAGUCACUUUUUAAAUUUUUUUAAAGAAAUAAAGUUUAUUUUUUCAUUUUUGGAGAAGUAUUUCCACAUUAAAGAGUUUGGCGAUA